CACUGCUACGUGAAUAUGACAUCACAACACUAGAGAUCGAGGUGUGUUCUGAGAGUCACAUUAAAUAUAGAUUAACAUGGCAGAGGUAGAGCUGUGUCCUCCUAGAGACAGAAUAGGAAAAGAAAGAUCUGAUUAUUAAUCUUUUUUCUUUUCUUUUUUUGCACUACAAAGGCCUGUUUGUGAAAAGGUAAUGGUUGAAGUGGGUGGUAUUGGUCUGAAAUUCUUCCAGAGCAACAUUUCACUCUAAAGAAACAAUAGGACUGGGUGAUAUGACAAUGCAUAUUUUUAUGGACAUGUAUGUAAUUUCACCCCUGCUUAAGCCUUGUGGUCACGUGAUCUAAACAUGGCGGCCACUAUGGCAGGCUACUCACAGUGUGAAGAAUAAACUGGCUUAUUAAUAGUCUACUCAUGUCAUCUGAUCUGAUUCUUCAUGACAUGUCAAUGUACAUUCAUAGGACCUGGAAAGCAGGACGUAUUUGUUUAUGGGCGGUGGAGAACUGAGUGAUGGAGACGACGAGGCGCGCGAAGGAGAGCCAAGCGGAGCGGCGCGUGCGCUUCCGGGUGGCGUCGGCGCGCAGCGGCAGGGUGCUGCGGGAAGUGUUCCGGGAGGACGAGGACGGGACCGAAGACUCGGCGGAUUCGGACACAGCCGCCGCCGCUGCCUGCGCGGAGGUCGAGCGCGCCUUGUCCCCCGCCGUGAGCGAGGCGAACGGGCAUCUGAUCGGUCUGGCGAGCAACGGUGUCGGCGAUCCGGACGAUCUGCUGGUGUACGCGAGCGCGGCGCACGAGCAGCUCUUCAGUCGCACGCGCGUGAACAUCUUCAGCAAGAACGGCACGGUCCGAGGCGUGAGGGACAAAGUGAGCGCCGGCCAAGUCCUCUUCAACAAUCUCUCCAAACUCUACGGGGCCAAAAACACUAUGUCUGUGAAGAAGCUGCCUGUAGGAGUUUAAAGCAGUGCACGGCAUCACAUCUGGACAGUGGGGUUGCAUGAGGAGCCUCAGUACAUAAAAACCUUAACAUCACAUGGACUCCUUCAGUCACUUUCCAUUAGUUUUAGGGGACUUCAUUUUGGAACUGAAAUGUUAAAUGCUGUGAUCUUUCUUGUCUAAAACAAGGAAACAAAGAGUCAAUUAGAUGUUUUUGCAGUAAAAUAAUUUUAUAAAGGAAAUUCUGAGGUUUAGGGUAAUGCAGUAUGCUCAGACUUUUUGGUUUCAUUAGGAACUCUGGCUGCAGGACAUUCUGGAUUAGAUGGAUCUUGUUUAUGGUCUGACUGGAUCCUCCAAACAACAAGGCAUUAGACCGUGCUCUGGUAUACACCAUGUGUUUAGACAUGGCAUAGUUUUGUAGUGUGAUCAUUCUUUUGCAGUUACUCAAGUACAUAUGUAUAAAUGUUUCUUGCAUUUGGAAUUAAACUGCUGUAGGGGAUGUUUCAUCUCUGAAAUACUUUUUUUUUUUCAGGAUGAUGAAAUGGUUCCUAAAUGAUGGCUAUUUUAUAUUUCAUUUGAUCCUCAUUUCUUAAUGUCUAUUUAUUUAAUAUUAGUUUGACCAUGUAAAUAGGCCCUUUAUAUAAAUGUAAACCUUGUGUGUGUGUUUAUUAUUAUAACAGAGAUGAGGAAAAUGAUGGUCAUUUUUUAGUUUUGUAUGUUAAUGAAUUGCAUGAGUUGUAAAGUAUUGUAACUUGAAUUUCAGGAUUUUGUUCACAUUCCAUUUUUGCUUAAAUACAUUUUCUUCACUCAUUUUUUAUAGAAUUAUCAGAACAUUUUUGACACAGUAUAAUCAAAGAGCUUGUUUCAUUAA